AUGCGGGAGGCCCAUGCCUUUGCGGCUGGAGCAGGACAAAAGAUGUCGUUUGAGGUCCUGAAAGGAAAGCCUGCAGAAGAGAAGAUUGUCACCGCCUUGACGACAGCAGCCAAGCGCCGGCAAAAGGCAGUCCAGCUGCUGGAGACCGGCAGCCUGCAGGCAUGGGAUGUUCCGUCCAUGAUCAAGUGA